AUGAAAGCCCACUUCUUCGUUUUGCUUCUCUCUCUUACCUUUCUCCCUCUACAAGCCUCACCACCACCUUUUUUUACCUCAACAAACAAAGACACCCAAAACCUUAUCAACUUCAAGACUGCUCUCUCUAGCCUCUCUCUCCUUCAAAACUGGCUUCCUAACCAAAACCCUUGUACCUUCACUGGAGUUAAUUGCCAAGAAACCACUAACAAAGUCUCCUCUAUAGACCUCACUAACAUUUCCUUAAAUUGUGAUUUUCACCCCGUGGCUACGUUUCUUUUGUCUCUUGAAAACUUAGAGAGCCUUUCUUUGAAAUCAGCCAACAUUUCUGGACCUAUUUCUUUUCCUGUUGGAUCUAAGUGCAGCUCGGUUCUGAGCAACUUAGAUCUAUCUCAGAAUAGUUUCUCAGGUUCUGUCUCUGAUAUCGCCACUUUACGUUCUUGUCCAGCUUUGAAAUCCUUGGACCUUUCUGGCAACUCCAUUGAGUUUUCAGUGCUUAAAGAGAAAUCAAGGGGGCUAAGAGGGCUCAGCUUUAAGUUCCUUGAUCUUUCUUUCAAUAAUAUUGUAGGCUCAAACGUGGUGCCUUUUAUUUUAUCUGGAGGCUGCAAUGAGUUGAAGCACUUGGCUUUGAAGGGAAAUAAAGUGAGUGGAGAUAUUGAUUUUUCAAGUUGCAAGAAUCUCCAGUAUCUUGAUGUCUCUGCAAACAAUUUCUCUUCGAGUGUUCCCUCAUUUGGUGACUGUUUAGCUUUGGAGCAUCUUGAUAUCUCUGCCAAUAAGUUUUAUGGUGAUCUUGGUCAUGCAGUUGGGGGUUGUGUUAAGCUCAGCUACUUGAAUGUUUCAAGCAACAAGUUUUCAGGUCCAAUCCCAGUGCUUCCAACUGGGAGUUUGCAAUCACUUUCACUUGGUGGCAAUCAUUUUGAAGGGGAGAUUCCUCUGCAUCUCAUGGAUGCUUGUCCAGGUCUUGUUAUGCUUGAUCUUUCCUCAAAUAAUAUCUCUGGUUCUGUCCCCAGUAGUUUUGGUUCUUGCACUUCGUUGGAAACUUUUGAUAUUUCUACCAACAACUUCACUGGUGAAUUGCCUGUUGAUACUUUCUUGAAAAUGACUAGUCUGAAGAGGCUUGAUUUGGCAUAUAAUGUUUUUAUUGGUGGUUUGCCUGAUUCUUUCUCACAGCACACUAGUUUGGAGUCUUUAGAUCUGAGUUCUAAUAGUUUAUCUGGGCCAAUCCCCACUGGUUUGUGUCAAGGUCCAAGUAACAACUUCAAAGAGCUGUAUCUUCAAAACAAUAGGUUUACUGGGUCUAUUCCUGCAACCCUCAGUAACUGCUCUCAACUUAGAGCACUCCAUUUGAGCUUCAAUUACCUCACUGGGACUAUCCCUUCGAGCUUGGGAUCGCUCUAUGAGCUUCGCGAUUUGAACCUUUGGUUCAAUCAGCUCCAUGGAGAAAUCCCACCUGAGUUAAUUAACAUAAAAGCACUUGAGACUCUGAUUCUAGACUUCAAUGAGCUGACAGGAGUGAUACCUUCAGGUAUAAGCAAUUGCACCAACCUUAACUGGAUCUCACUGUCUAACAAUUGGUUAGGUGGUGAGAUUCCAGCAUCGAUUGGCAAGCUUGAGAGUCUUGCAAUUCUCAAACUGAGCAACAACUCCUUCUAUGGUAGAAUCCCGCCAGAGCUUGGAGAUUGUCGUAGCUUGAUUUGGUUGGAUCUCAAUACCAAUUUUCUGAAUGGAACAAUCCCACCCGAGUUGUUCAAACAGUCUGGCAGCAUUGCUGUAAAUUUUAUCAGAGGAAAGAGGUAUGUGUAUCUGAAGAAUGAAAAAAGCGAACAGUGUCAUGGGGAGGGAAAUUUGCUUGAGUUUGCUGGAAUAAGACCGGAACAGCUGGGCAGAAUCUCGAGCAGUCACCCCUGCAACUUUACCAGAGUAUAUGGAGAUUACACCCAGCCCACAUUUAAUGAUAAUGGGUCAAUGAUAUUCCUCGAUCUUUCUUACAAUAUGUUGUCUGGCAGUAUUCCAGCAGCGAUUGGGAGUAUGUCGUACCUCUAUAUUUUGAACUUGGGCCAUAAUAAUAUCUCUGGAAUCAUUCCGCAAGAGAUUGGAAAGUUGACUGGUCUUGACAUUCUUGACCUCUCCAACAACAGGCUUGAAGGGAUGAUUCCUCAGUCAAUGACUGGCCUUUCAUUACUCUCGGAGAUUGAUAUGUCCAACAAUCACCUCACUGGAAUGAUUCCUGAAGGGGGUCAGUUUGUAACAUUUUUAAAUCGUAGUUUCCUCAACAACUCAGGCCUCUGUGGGAUACCUCUUCCUCAAUGUGGGUCAGGUUCAGGAUCAAGCCCGAAUUCUGGGCAUCAGAAGUCGCAUAGGAGGCAGGCAUCUCUGGCAGGGAGUGUGGCAAUGGGAUUGCUGUUCUCGCUUUUCUGCAUUUUUGGUUUGAUUAUUGUUGCUGUGGAAAUGAAGAAGAGGAAGAAAAGGAAAGAUUCAGCCCUAGAUGUCUAUAUAGACAGCCGUUCACAUUCUGGCACGGCAAAUAUUGCCUGGAGGCUUACUGGUCGUGAAGCAUUAAGUAUCAGCCUCGCCACAUUUGAGUCGAAGCCUCUGCGGAAGCUCACUUUUGCAGAUCUUCUUGAAGCAACGAAUGGCUUCCACAAUGACAGCCUUAUAGGCUCUGGAGGUUUUGGUGAUGUGUACAAGGCACAACUGAAAGAUGGAAGCGUUGUGGCCAUCAAGAAACUGAUACAUAUCAGUGGACAGGGUGAUAGAGAAUUCACUGCCGAAAUGGAGACCAUUGGCAAGAUCAAGCACAGGAACCUCGUUCCACUCCUUGGUUACUGCAAAGUUGGAGAAGAGCGACUCUUGGUGUACGAGUACAUGAAAUAUGGUAGCUUAGAAGACGUUCUACAUAACCAAAAGAAAACAGGGAUCAAACUGAACUGGGCUGCAAGAAGAAAGAUUGCCAUCGGUGCUGCCAAAGGAUUAACUUUUCUUCACCAUAAUUGCAUCCCGCUUAUCAUUCACCGGGACAUGAAAUCCAGCAAUGUCUUGCUUGAUGAGAACUUGGAGGCCAGAGUCUCUGAUUUUGGAAUGGCGAGGCUUAUGAGUACAAUGGACACCCAUUUGAGUGUUAGCACCUUAGCAGGCACGCCUGGUUAUGUCCCUCCCGAAUAUUACCAGAGCUUUAGGUGUUCAAUCAAAGGGGAUGUGUACAGUUAUGGUGUAGUCUUGCUUGAGUUGCUGACAGGAAAAAAGCCAACAGAUUCAUCUGAUUUUGGUGACAAUAAUCUUGUUGGGUGGGUGAAGCAGCAUGCCAAAUUGAAAAUAAGCGAUGUUUUUGAUCCGAUGCUUUUAAAAGAUGAUCCGAGCCUUGAGAUGGAGCUCCUAGAAUAUUUAAAGGUAGCUUGUGCUUGUUUAGAUGAUCGGCAUUCUAAACGACCCACAAUGAUUCAAGUAAUGGCGAUGUUUAAAGAAAUCCAAGCAGGGUCUGGGCUUGACUCACGGUCCACGAUCGCCACGGAAGAUGGAGGUUUUAGUGCAAUUGAAAUGGUAGAGAUGAGCAUAAAAGAAGGCCCAGAGCUAAGCAAGCAGUAG